GAUGGCGGCCUGGGUGGGGGAUCGAUGCUCUCCGCGCUCGGUUCCUGCCGCCCGCCCUGGCGCCCCCUGUCAUGGCGGCGCCCAGGGAGGAGACACGUGGCCUGUUCAGCCAGGGGGUCCGGGCGGUGCUGGGCAGCUGGGCCGCGUUGCAGGUCGCGGUGGAGCAUGGCUUCGGCGGGGCACACGGCCGGGCAAAGGCCGAGUGGCUGGUGGGCGUGGUGGAGCAGUAUUUCCACAGCAACGUGGCCCUGGAGCUGGACGAGGUGGAGGAUUUCCUCGCCGAGGUGCUGAACAACGAGUUUGACACCAUCAUUGAGGACGGCAGCUUGGCUGAGGUGAGCCAGCAGCUCCAGUUGCUCUUUGCCCGGUGCCAGUGUGGCGAGGGGCCGGCCCUGACGGAAGCCAUCGCCCGGCUGGCGCGGAGGCAGCAGGAGGUGGGCAGGGCAGCCGCCCAGGCCCGACCCGCCGAGGGGAGCAGCAGUGAGGAGGAGGAGGAGGAGGAGAAGCCGGAGGAGGUGAUGGACUGCAGCAGCCCCGGGCCCCUCCCGGACCCUCCCCCGGCAGACGACGGCUGGACGGUCGUACGGAAGAAAAAGAAAUGAGGGGUGCCCCCCCGGCCACGUGUGGCCUGGGGGGGGCUUCGCUGCAGGGAGCUGGGCAGGGGAAGAAACCAGGUGUAGCCACAAUGUGUCGCUAUGGCAACAGCUGGGGGGCAUUAGUCCGGUGAGAGGGGCGCCCCCUAGAGGGGACAGGCCCCGCCCCCCAUUCCCUGCACUGUGGCUGAAAACGAAACGACCCGAACAAAACAAAACCUUUAUUAAGAAAUCGGCUGAUGGAGCUUUAACAACAAUGCCCGGCUCCCACGAACUCUAGAAAAUCCGGGUGCCCCCCCAUCUCCUGGCGGGAGGGAGAGAGUUGGGGUGCCCCCGUGGAUGGGAGGCUGCCCCCUAGUGGCCAGCCACUGCACGUCGGCAACAAUAAAACGGCGGUCUGCGAA